AUGAUCAUUAGUAGUGGUGGAGGUUUCAUUCUGAAAGUUGCGAUGGUUUCCUAUCCAAAUAUCGCCGUCUUUCAACCAGUUGUCAACGCGGAUCGAUUUUCAGGUGUUGGCGGUAACCUAGUAGCCGUUCAAGCCAGUCGCAUAUCGACAUCGCUAUAUCAGGCCGCCAAGCUUGGCUCCCUACCCAACGGUCCCCUGUUUCGAUUCAUUAGUCCGUUCAGGGCGUUCCUUUCAUCAGAAAAUGAUUCGGUGGCUGCACGGAUUCUACUUCUGAUGAGUAUACCGUGUCAUUUGAUAUUCGUCACAGCAAUUAUGCUCAUUGCCAAUAUCGCGUUUUCACCACUUUUCAUCGGACUGUAUUUGGUUGCAGCGGUCGCACAGGUGGUGAUAUUAUUAUUUUUGUGUCAAUAUUUGAUUCGUUGCAUGUGGCGAUAUGGCAUAGAUCCAGACUCCUCGGCAAUACCUUUGUUGACUUCUACCGGUGACCUCUUAGGUACAGCACUUCUGCUAGUUGCGUUCGUGAUGUUGAGUGCGAUGAACGAUGCCCAUCUGAGGCCAUCAUCCCUUCAGGACGCCUCAUAA